AUGAACGGAAAGCAACUUAAAUUCUUUGUCUUCUUCUUGAUUGCAAUUAUCGCUUUGUCACAAGCAGCUGAAACAAGCACUACUUCAGAACCUGCUUCUGCUGCUUCUGCCGCUGCUUCUGCUGCUGCUUCUGGUGCUUCUGCUGCUGCUUCUGGUGCUUCUGCUGCUGCUUCUGGUGCUUCUGCUGCUGCUUCUGGUGCUGCUUCUGGUACAGAAUCCGGUGCUUCUUCAACCGGAGGUGCCUCCAGUACUUCUUCUGGCUCAACAUCAUCCUCAAGCACCAAAUCAAGUGGUAAUUCUGUGAGUCACAAUAUCCACAAUAAUAUUGACUUCAUGGUAGCUUCUGGUAUCGGUGCUCUCGCUCUAAGCUUCGCUGGUUUACUCUUCUAA